AUGGGGGGAAGAACAUUUCUUGUGCCGGGAGAGUUUCCCAUGGGAUGCUCAGUAACCUACUUGACAUUAUAUCAAACAUCAAACCAGGAAGAAUACGAUCCUUCAGGUUGCUUGAAAUGGUUGAACAAGUUCGCAAAAUACCACAGUGACCAGCUUCAGGCAGAACUCAACAUGCUCCGGGAGCUGUACCCUCAUCUCAACACAUAUACGCAGACUACUACAACUCUUUGUUACGCCUUUUUCAAGAACCGGGGAAGGUUCAUAGAGAAACCCUUGCACGCUUGCUGCGGUUCUGGAGGACCGUAUAACUUCACAUCUGGUAGACAAUGUGGCUUUAAAGGAGUGGAAUCUUGUAGUGAUCCUUCAAAGUAUGUUUGUUGGGAUGGUGUUCAUAUGAUAGAGGCUGCGUACAGAUUGAUGGCCGUCAGAAAUUAA